CCAUUUCCGCACCCGUUGCCAGGGAGACGCGGCGGCUUCGCUGCCGUGAGGAGCGGCCCGGGCCCGCUCCCUUUUCUCCGCCGGGAUGUUCAUCUACCUGUGCAAGAAGAUCGCAAUUCCCGGUAAUGUUCGCCUAAAAUGUAUUUCCUGGAAUAAGAAUCAAGGUUUCAUAGCGUGUGGUGGAGAGGAUGGAUUGCUGAAAGUUCUAAAAUUAGAAACACAAACAGAUGAAGCAAAAAUAAAGGGACUGGCAGCUCCUAGCAAUGUUUCUGUGAAUCAAACUCUUGAAGGUCACAGUGGUUUUGUGCAGGUUGUGACAUGGAAUGAACAGUAUCAAAAACUGACUACCAGUGAUCAAAACGGCCUCAUCAUUGUGUGGAUGCUAUACAAAGGUGCUUGGUAUGAAGAGAUGAUUAACAACAGAAAUAAAUCAGUUGUUCGAAGUAUGAGCUGGAAUGCUGAUGGACAAAAGAUUUGUAUUGUAUAUGAAGAUGGAGCUGUGAUUGUUGGAUCAGUGGAUGGCAAUCGCAUUUGGGGAAAAGACUUGAAAGGUUCCCACCUGUGCCACGUGGCCUGGUCCUCUGAUAGCAAAGUUUUACUCUUUGGAAUGGCAAAUGGAGAAGUUCACAUUUAUGACAAUCAGGGAAAUUUUAUUGUGAAAAUGAAGCUGAGUUGUUUGGUGAACUUAACUGGGGCAUUCAGUAUUGCUGGGAUACAUUGGUAUCACGGCACCGAAGGCUACAUUGAACCUGACUGUCCUUGCCUUGCUGUCUGUUAUGACAAUGGAAGAUGCCAGAUAAUGAGGAAUGAAAAUGACUACAAUCCUGUUUUGAUUGACACUGGUAUGAACGUCGUAUGUAUUCAGUGGAACCCCUGUGGAAGUGUAUUGGCGGUGGCAGGCUCUCUGAAAGGAACUUCUCAAGAUGCCAACAUUGUGCAGUUCUAUACUCCCUUUGGUGAGGAUAUGUUCUUUAAUAAUCAGUGUGUAACCACUGUGAUUAAAGAGGGAGAAUGCAAUGUGAAGAACAUACUGCAGAUAAUUUCUGAUAGGUUUUAUCCAAAUUGUCUUCCCUGGCAGUGGGGUUACUGUUCCAACACCGUUGUUUAUGCCUAUAACCGACCUGACCGCCCGGAAUGCUGUGUAGUCUUUUGGGACACAAAAAACAAUGAGAAGUAUGUAAAAUAUGUCAAGAGCCUUCUUUCCAUAACAACUUAUGGAGACUUCUGUGUUUUAGCGACUAAAGCAGAUGAAAAUCAACCUCAGGAGGAGAAUGAGACAGAGUCAUUUGGUGCAAUGUAUGUGCUGGUUCUCUGCAAUUCUAUUGGCACACCCUUGGACCCAAAAUAUAUUGACAUUGAGCCAUUGUUUGUCACAAUGACCAAAACACAUGUGAUAGCAGCUUCCAAAGGAGCGUUUUACAUCUGGCAGUACCGUGUGGCCAAGAAGCUCACGGCAAUGGAAAUCAAUCAGGUAGCACGGACCAGGAAAGAAGGCAGAGAAAGGAUCUAUCAUAUUGAUGACACCUCUUCAGGAUCUGGAGAUGGACGCCUUGAUUACAGCAGAGCUAUUGAAGGAACAAGAGAUCCAAUUUGUGCAAUAACAGCAUCUGAUAAGAUACUACUUGUGGGAAGAGAGUCCGGCACUAUUCAGAGAUACAGUCUCCCUAGUGUGGCUGUAGUGCAGACCUAUAUCCUGAACUGUCGUGCUUAUCAGCUGUCUUUGAACUGCAACUCCAGUCGUCUCGCUAUCAUAGACCUUUCUGGUGUUCUGACCUUCUUUGACCUGGACGUGCGGGCAAUAGACAGCACAGGACAGCAGGUGAUAGGGGAGCAGCUGAAACUGGAACGCAAAGAUGUCUGGGACAUGAAAUGGGCCAAAGAUAACCCAGAUUUGUUUGCAAUGAUGGAGAAAACAAGAAUGUAUGUUUUCAGAAACUUGGAUCCAGAGGAACCUAUACAAACAUCUGGAUAUAUUUGCAACUUUGAAGAUUUAGAAAUCAAAUCUGUUCUUCUGGAUGAAAUAUUAAAGAAUCCUGAACACCCUAACAAAGAUUACAUCAUCAAUUUCGAGAUCCGGUCAUUACGAGACAGUCGAGCAUUGAUUGAAAAAGUUGGCAUUGAAGAAUCUUCCCAAUUCAUAGAAGACAAUCCACAUCCCAGACUUUGGCGUCUCCUGGCUGAAGCUGCUCUUCAGAAGCUGGAUCUGCAGAUGGCUGAACAAGCUUUUGUGCGUUGCAAAGAUUAUCAAGGUAUUAAAUUUGUGAAGUGUCUGGGCAACCUGCAGAGUGAGUCCAUGAAGCAAGCAGAAGUGGCAGCCUAUUUUAGCAGAUUUGAAGAAGCUGAAAGAAUGUAUCUGGAUAUGGACAGAAGAGAUCUUGCCAUUGGUCUCCGGAUCAAACUGGGAGAUUGGUUUCGGGUAUUGCAGCUACUGAGAUCUGGCUCAGGGGACUCGGAUGACGCCCUCCUGGAACAGGCACACAAUGCUAUUGGAGACUACUUCGCAGACCGUCAGAAGUGGUUAAAUGCUGUACAGUAUUACAUUCAAGGACGAAAUCAGGAACGUUUAGCUGAAUGUUACUACAUGCUAGAGGACUACCAAGGACUGGAGAAUCUGGCCAACUCACUUCCAGAGAAUCAUAAAUUGCUCCCUGAUAUAGCUUAUAUGUUUGUACGAGUGGGGAUGUGUGAACAAGCUGUGUCAGCCUUUCUGAAAUGUAAUCAACCAAAGGAUGCAGUGGAUACCUGUGUACACCUCAACCAGUGGAAUAAAGCUGUGGAGCUGGCUAAAAACCACAAUAUGAAAGAGAUUGGAUCCUUGUUAGCCAGAUAUGCAAGUCAUUUGCUGGAAAAGAAUAAAAUCCUUGAUGCUAUAGAGCUGUAUCGUAAAGCCAGUUAUUUCUUUGAAGCUGCUAAGCUCAUGUUCAAGAUUGCAGAUGAAGAGUCGAAGAAAAGGACAAAACCUUUGCGAGUUAAAAAGCUUUAUGUGUUAUCAGCCUUACUUAUGGAACAGUGCCAUGAACAAAUGCAAAAUGCACAAAGGGGAAAAGUCAAAGAGAAAAGUUCAGAGAGUGCUUCAGCUUUGGCUGGUUUGCUGGAAGAAGAUGUUCUUUCUUCAACUAAUCGCUUUGCAGACAAUGCUUGGCGAGGAGCUGAGGCUUACCAUUUUUUCAUACUUGCACAAAAACAGCUCUAUAAAGGGUCUGUAGAUGCAGCACUUAAAACAGCUCUUCAUUUGAGAGAUUAUGAAGACAUUAUCCCUGCAGUUGAAAUCUAUUCCCUUUUGGCACUCUGUGCAUGUGCAAACAGAGCAUUUGACACUUGCUCAAAAGCAUUUGUUAAACUAGAAUCCUUGGAAACUCUUAGGCCAGAGCAGAGGCAACAGUAUGAAGAUCUUGCUCUAGAGAUAUUCACAAGAUACAGUCCAAAGUAUAACAAAAAGUCUGAUCUGGAUGAUGUUCUUGAGAGUGGAGAUGAGAAACUUCCUAUAUGUGUUGCAACAGGAGACUCUAUCCUGGAGUAUCGAUUCUGGAUGUGUGUUGUAUGUAAGCAUUGUAUGAAAGCCAGUGAAGCAGACAAUUAUAAGUUCUGUCCUCUGUGCCACAGCACAGUAUAGCUGAGGAUAAAGGCCCACAUAUCCUCAUUUAUGAUGUACUAUAUUUUAAAAUACAACUCAGGUACUGUAUUGUAGCAGUGCUGCUAAUAGAGAAACAUUAAAAAAAAUAAAACAGAAAACCCACAAGAGAAACCUCUACUGGUUCCAUUUAUGUGAAUCAUCCACGUUAAUAAACUUCAUUUUUGUUACACUUUUAAAAAAGAUUUAAGGUAAAAGCAUUCUUUUCUAAUUGUAGGUUGAGCCUAGUUUUCAAACUGUGAGUUGAAUGCAGGUUCAUAUUAGUAUCUUUUACUCUGAGCAGGCUCCAUUUUUUUGUCUCUAUAAUUCCAUAGGAAAUUACGGGUUUUUCUCAGAAUUCACAAUUUUGUGAAGGAAGUAAUUCCUGAGUUGAAAUAAUGCCACAAUACUUCUGAUAAUAUUAUUGUAUAUAUUUUUGUACUACUGUUUUCCUAAAGCAAUGAUACCAGUAUAGACAUGUUUGUGCUGGUUUCUUUUGCCAAGUGUAUUUAAACCCACCAUAGCAAUAAAGGGCUUGAAAACA